GUUAAAUGCUUUCCACUUGGAAGAUAUCCUUUGUGAUAACCUGGUGCUCAGAUGGUAUAAAAAGAAAAUCCAGACUCUGCUAGACCAGUGUCAAUGGCAACCAUGGCAAAGCUUAUUCUCCUCACAGGUCUGGCUCUUCUGCUGAAUGCUCAGCUAGGUUCUGCCUACCAGCUGAUAUGCUACUUCACCAACUGGUCCCAGUACCGGCCAGGGCUGGGAAGGUUCAAGCCUGACAACAUCGACCCCUGCCUCUGUACUCACCUGAUUUAUGCCUUUGCUGGGAUGAGAAACAACGAGCUCACCACCAUUGAAUGGAAUGAUGUGACUCUCUACCAAUCUUUCAAUAGCCUGAAAAACAAGAACAGCCAGCUGAAAACUCUCCUGGCCAUUGGAGGCUGGAAUUUUGGAACUGCCCCUUUCACUGCCAUGGUUUCCACUCCAGUGAAUCGCAAGACUUUCAUUUCUUCAGUCAUCAGAUUCCUGCGUCAGUAUGGAUUUGAUGGGCUGGACUUAGAUUGGGAGUACCCUGGCUCUCGUGGAAGCCCUCCUCAGGACAAGCAUCUCUUCACUGUCCUGGUGCAGGAAAUGCGUGAAGCUUUUGAGCAGGAGGCCAUCCAAACCAACAAGCCCAGGCUGCUGGUCACUGCUGCAGUAGCUGCUGGCAUCUUCAACAUCCAGUCUGGCUAUGAGAUUCCUCAGCUGUCCCAGUACCUAGACUACAUCCAUGUCAUGACUUAUGACCUCCAUGGCUCCUGGGACGGCUACACUGGAGAGAACAGCCCCCUCUACAAAUACCCAACUGAAACUGGCAACAAUGCUUACCUCAAUGUGGAUUAUGCCAUGAACUACUGGAAGAAUAAUGGGGCCCCAGCUGAGAAGCUCAUCGUUGGAUUCCCUACCUAUGGACACAACUACAUCCUAAGCAACCCUUCCAACAAUGGCAUUGGUGCCCCCACUUCUGGUCCUGGUCCUGCUGGGCCCUACACCAGGCAGGCUGGGUUCCUGGCCUACUAUGAGAUCUGCACCUUCCUGAAAAAUGGAGCCACUCAGGCAUGGGAUGCCCCUCAGUACGUGCCCUAUGCCUAUAAGGGCAACGAGUGGGUUGGCUAUGACAACGUCAAGAGCUUUAAUAUCAAGGCUGAGUGGCUUAAGCAGAACAACUUUGGAGGUGCCAUGAUCUGGGCCAUUGACAUGGAUGACUUCACAGGCACAUUCUGUAACCAGGGCAAGUUCCCCCUGACCAACACCUUGAAGGAUGUUCUUGGCCUAAAGAGUGCAAGUUGCACCGCCUCCACUCAGCCCAGUGAGCCCAACAGUAGUACUGAAAGUGAGAGUGGAAGUGGAAGUGGCAGUAGCACCUCUGGAGGCAGCUCUGUGGGUAGUGGAUACUGUGCCGGCAAAGCCGAUGGCCUCUACCCUGUGCCAAAUAACAGAAAUGCCUACGUGAACUGCGCAAAUGGAAUCACAUACGAGCAGUAUUGCCUGGCUGGGCUUGUCUUUGACACCAGCUGUCAGUGCUGCAACCUGCCAUAAACCUGACCUGUGUCUCCAUUCCCUAGUGUGCUGAACAGUCUCCUUUGCUUAGCACACCUUGCUCCUACCUAGAGUUCUACAAUAAAAUCCAUCAGUCAAAA